AUGUCGAGCCUGGGGCCACCCGGCUCCAACGCCCACGGCUUGAACUUCUCGCAAGCUGGCCUCAGGCGAAGUGCUGGAUUCCCUCCAACUCAUGCGAAUCAGCAUCAACACCAACCCAACAAGCAAUCGCCUGCCCCUCAUGCAGCGUCACCGUAUCAACCUCAAGGUUACACGCCGCAACAACCUCCUCAAGGAACAUAUCCUCCACACCUCUUUGCAGCAUCGCCGGUCAACCCUAAUAUUCCCAAUGGCCACGCGCCCUCGCGAACUCCCAACUCACAUGUUCCGAAUGCUCUGGGUGUUCAGCGUCAGAGGGCGGCACCGCCGAGGCAGCAAAUGCCGCCACAGCCAAAUCCGCCGCCUAUGAUGUUUCCAACAUCUAUGAGUCAAUCAGUGCAGCAUGAUCCAAUUCUAUCCCACCAACACCAGCAGCAGCAUGCCUCACAUCAAGGCCAUCCUGUGCAUCCGAGCCAUCAGCAACACCAAUCUCACCCUCAACAGCAAGCGCAUCAUCAGCAGCAUCCCGGCCACCCAUCCCAUCAGCAGCAACAGCAACAGCAGCACCAUCAACAACAGCAUCAGCAGCAUCAGCAGCACCCAGCACAUCCUGCGCACCAAGCUCACCAGACUCAUCCAGGCCACCCUGGCCAUCCGGGACGCCAGAGCGUCCAACCUCACCAACCUCAUGGCCGCUCUCAACAGUCAACUCCGCAGCAGCAGCAGCAGCAGCAACCUCAACAACCGCCGCAGCAGCAACAACAACAACAGCAGCAGCAGCAACAGCAGCAGCAGCAGCAACCCCAGGCUCAGGUGACUCCUCAGUCUACCCCUCAGCAAUCAAAUUCUCAGCCGCCUCAGCAACAGAUUUCUCAGCAGCAGAUGUCUCAACAGCAACAACAACCUCCCCAGCAGCAGCAGGUUCAGCAGGUGCAGCAAGUCAAUCAGGUGCAAGCCUCUCCUCAGCAACCUGCUGCUCAGGUUCCGCAGCAGCAAGGAAACCAUGCAGGCAGUGAAAUGGACGUUGAUGGUCAUCAAGAUGGCGACACGUCUGAAGUCAAUGGCCUCGACUCGAAGCUCCUAAAUGACCCUUCCUAUGUUCCUACCCAGCCGAUGGGCGAGAUGAUGUCUCCCCCACCAGAAGGAGGAAGCUAUCCGACAUUGGAAGCUGUACAAAAAGCUGUUUUGCGCUAUUGUACCUCUGUUGGCUAUGCGAUUGUCAUUGGUCGCUCCAAGAAAACGGUUCCUGGUCUCAAAAAGGUUCUGUUUGUUUGUGAUCGUGCUGGAAAGCCACCCAGUAGGGUGAGCCCAGAAUUUCGCAAGCGCAAGACAUCUUCAAGGAAAUGUGAUUGCCCCUUUGGAUUUUUUGCUAUCGAGCAACGAACCCAAUGGACAAUCCGUUACCGCCCUGAUCCCACACACCUGCAACACAAUCACGGCCCCAGCGAGAGCCCUUCAAACCAUCCUGCUGCAAGGAAACUUGACAGCAAGAUGGUGGCGGCUGUCAAGCAGUUGAAGGAAAACGGGGCAGGCGUAUCCGAAACACUACAGAUUCUGCAAACCGAAAAUCCGGAUUGCCAUCUGCUUCCGAGGGACAUAUACAACGCGAGAGCGGCUAUAAAUCGCAACCCCCAAAAGGUGGCGACAGGGCUGGCAGAAAACAGACCGGCGAUAUACACGAAACCUCAGCAAUCGCCAGAAGACAGAAUCCGAGCGGAUCUUCGCAGAGAGCUUGCGAAAGCACGAGAGGAUUUGCAGAAGAUUGAAGAGGAGAAGCAAAAAGAAAUCGAUGCCCUUAAGAGUCAGUUGGAGGAAAAGGAAAAACUUAUUAAACGAUUCGAGAUGUUUAUUGACAUAUGUAAUGAGCGGGUUAUGGUUCAACGCGAGAGGUUGGCAGGACCAGAUGGCAACUUGGCUAUUGGGGGCAAUUCAGUUGCCUGA